AGGGUAUAAUAAACGCUACUUGGUUGAGGUUUCACACGUUUGCUUGAUCAAAGCACUGCAAAAGAACAAAGAAACAAAAAAAAAACAGCGUCAGGUCGCGUGUUAUCGUUUUUUCAGAAUAAAUAUUCUCCGUUCCAUGCAUACUGAUACUGAUACCUCAACCUACCUCAACCUAGGACCAUUGUGAUCAGCAUUUGUGAAGUGCUGAAGUGUAAAGUAACAGAGCCUCAAAAGCCUGGACUUGGGUGUUGGAGCUUCAGAAUGGCCGACACAGAGUCACAGUCGUCGAUGGAGUACUCUGAGGAUGAGGACGACGAUGGCGCACUGCAGGAGUACUACGAGGACGGCGCUGAUGACCUGGAGGAGGACCUGUCGCGCCUGAACCCGGAGCACUUUCCGGUGGAGUGUCUCUCUGUGGAGGAGGUGGAGCGGCUGCUGAACGAGUGGGUCGAGCAGCUCAGCACCUCACUGCAGGUGACGCCGUCCCUGGCCAAGCAGCUGCUGCACUCCAACAACUGGAACGCCGCCGAGAUAACGGCGCGCUACCGCGCCAACUGCCAGCAGCUGCUGGCCGAGGCGCAGAUCAAGCCGCGCCCGCCGCCGGCGCCGGCCGCGGGCGGCGGCGGCAGCGCGCCGGGCCCGAGCAGCGCCGCCCAGCCGGCGGCCGCCCCCGCCCCCGCCGCCGCCGCCCAGCCGCCCGCCGAGUGUCCGGUGUGCGCCUGUGCGCAGCCGCCCAACGAGUACCGGGCGCUGGCGUGCCGGCACCACUUCUGCCAGUCCUGCUGGAGGAUGCACUUUGAGACGCAGAUCAUGCAGGGAAUCUCACUAGGUAUCGAGUGCAUGGCGCGCCACUGCAACAUCCUGGUGCCGGAGGACUUUGUCGUCUCGCUGGUGACCAAGCCGGGGCUGCGCAGCCGGUAUCAGCAGUACGCCUUCGCCGACUACAUCCGCUCGCAGCCGCAGCUCAGAUUUUGUCCAGGUCCUAACUGCCCCAUCAUAAUUCGGGCGGUCGAGCCCAAGGCCAAGCGAGUGGUGUGCAGCAAAUGCAAAACGUCUUUCUGUUUCCGCUGUGGUAUCGACUACCACGCGCCGGCCGAUUGUGAGACGGUGAAAAAGUGGCUCACCAAGUGCGCCGACGACAGUGAAACGGCCAACUAUAUAUCUGCCAACACCAAAGACUGUCCAAAGUGCCAUAUCUGUAUAGAGAAGAACGGGGGGUGCAAUCACAUGCAGUGCUUCAGCUGCAAGUUCGAGUUCUGCUGGAUGUGCCUCGGCAACUGGAAGAACCACGGCUCCGAAUACUACGAGUGCUCUCGGUACAAGGAGAACCCCAACAUCGCCAGCGACUCGGCGCACGCCAAGGCGCGCGAGGCGCUCAAAAAGUACCUGCACUACUACGAGCGGUGGGAGAACCACUCCAAGUCGCUGGCGCUGGAGGCACACACGCGCCAGAAGAUCGUGGACCGAAUCAACCAGAAGGUCAACGACGCCAGCGGCACCUGGAUCGACUGGCAGUACCUGCUCGACGCGGCGGCGCUGCUUGCCAAGUGUCGAUACACGCUUCAGUACACCUACCCGUACGCUUACUACCUCGAGACCGGCUCGAGAAAGGCGCUGUUCGAGUACCAGCAGGCGCAGCUGGAGCUGGACAUCGAGGAGCUCUCGUGGAAGGUGGAGCGGGCAGAGACCACCGACCGCGGCGAGCUCGAGAACCACAUGAGCCGCGUCGAAAAGAGCCGCACCAUGCUGCUCAGAGAGUUCAUCGAGGUCUAGUGGGCGUCGCCGGGACACAGUCGGGGGUCUGUGGGGGUGUACUGUGCGCAGGGCCGUGCCCUAGCCACCAGUCAGCGCGGGCCGGGCUCACACCGUGUCAAACCGGCCCGGCGGGGCGCCCUGCUCUGGGUCCGAGCGAGGUGUGUCAGUGUCAGUGGGCUGGGCAGGGGACAGCCGCGCCGGGUGGUGACGUGUCAUAGUCUCCAGGGCGUGUGUGAGGUCCGUAGGGCGCAGAGGCGGCACGAGAGGGCAUGACGGGGUCGUGAGUGGGGUGGCGGCCGCGUGGUAAAAAGAGACCAACCCAGCCUAUAGCUCUCGCCUCACUGCGUGGUAGGAAAGAUAUCCUCAUUUCGACAAACCCGAGAAUAGUUCGAGGGCUUUGUUAUCAAUCGCUUGGAAAUCAACUCAAAGAUUCGCGAUGCUUCUCACGUACAGUCUGUCUUAAAAGUACCGCGCAAAGUGACGGUGGAUCCAUCCAAGCCUGACCGAUGAAGGACUGCUAAAUUUGAGUCACCGAAGCAAUGGACAUCCUCGUCCAUUCCCCAGCUCAAUUGGUUCGGUGAAUUUCAAAUUAUAGCAGGCCCUUCCUCGGUCAGGCUUGAUGGAUCCACCGUCACUUUGCGCGGUACUUUUAAGACAGACUGUACGCUGGAGUCCAUUUUAACCUAUAGCUUUCUGCACGGUUUGACAAUGAGCAAAAGUCUGUUUUUAGCCAAAAUUAAAGAUUUUUUCCUUUUGCUACCAUUUUGGGCAGAUAAUUUAGUCGAUGAGCUGAACAUUAUAUCAAGCUGUUCUGGGUUUUUGUCGAAAUAACCUCUACCGCGCAGUGAGGGGCGUGUAUACCUACCGGCCGACCGGUUACCGCCGGGGGAGGACCCGGUGUUGUCGGUAGUCGAGACGAGCGGCAGCCGGCGCUGAGCGGCCGGCCGGGCCCGCGUCGGUCAGCGGAGGUGUCUGUGGCCUCACCUGUAUCGGGUGGCGCUGGAUGGCGACUACAGCCGCCGGAGUGUGUGUGUGGAGGUUGGGGUCAGCCGGAGAGUGGGGGAGGGGUCGGGUCGGUCCGUCAGUCUGGUCCUAACGGGAGACGACUGUUCAGAGCUGAGCCGGAGCUAAUUCACCCCGGCGGACAGCGGGCGAAGGAAAAUCGUCAUUUUCAGUUCGGACUGCAUUGGGUAGUUGUGUAAAUCGGUUUUAGGAGUUUUUUAUUAGCGAACAUAUUCUUGCCUGUGUUAUUUAAUACCGGAAUCGCAUCAGUUACGUGUUACUAAUAUUUUUCUUCUCGUAUCGCCCACGAGUCAUGUGGCGCCGCGAGUGCUUGUGUGUGCGUGUGUAGUGUCUUGUAUGUGCAUGUGUCGCAGUUCUGUGUGGUGUAGUGCACUGGUGUGACUGUGAGGGUACCGUAAGGUCAGGACGGGGUGUCUCCGUUCAUUUAUACCGCGUGCCGCAGUGUGUGAGCCUUUCUGAGAUUAUAUAGUCAGUCAGCGUGGCCCGCCGGCCACUGCUCGCGGCGGAUCUGUCCAGUCUCAACAAACUCUGGUGGAAUGUACAAGCCUUGUGCGGGGUGGCGCACUGUCGCCUCUCCGUACCGUCUGCGCCGCGGCCGGCGGUCCUCCAGUGUCGAGAGCUGGUGCCAUACCGCGUCUCCUCGCUCUCUCCUCUUCCAGUGAGGCGCGCCGUGCGUCCGACGGACCUUCCAUGAGUACCUCGAUUGUGUGCUGAGGCGGCGGCGCCGGUCCCGUCCCGCCCGGCCCCGCUGGGAAUAGGUCACUGGGUGUCACCCCGACGCGACGGCCGGAUCGGGCCCUGCUUCACGGCACGACGCUACAGUGCGCGACGUUACGCUACGGUAUUGGGUUUCCAUGGAACCAUCAACAAACUUGGAUGCUCUCAGUGUUGAAGCGUCCGAGUUUGUUGAUGUUACGAUGGAAACCCGAUGGCAGUACCGCGAUACGCGUAGCGCGCUGUAGCGUCGAGCCGUGCAACAGGGCCCGGGUCGGGCCGGUACCGCCGCCCAACUCGCCAGAUCUUCCGGCCGGCGCCGCGGGCUGACCCGACCUGACCCGUGCACAACGGCCGUGUCGGCCGUGCACCUCUGACUGGAGCGUUUACUGAACAUGCUUUGACUUUGAA